AUGCGUUUUGAAUGCGGCGCAGGGCAAGUGCGGAUCUCGCGACGUUUCGCGAGAGCGACGUUCAGUUUGACCCCGGCGCAUAACGGACAAAUGAGUCCGCCUGUGACAUCGUACGUCGUGGCUUGUUUAUAGCUGUCUCGUCACGAAAUUCCUAUUGGAAGGGAAAAGUAGAUUGAUAAAAGUGAAAUAAAAAAAUUGCUAAAUAUUCCAAAUGGGCAAUAAAAGCCCAUUAUGGCCCAGUGUCAUCAACCACAACAUCAGCACGAAUUUUUGCCCCUGUGCGAUGUAUUAUUUAACAUUAUUUCAUUAGCAUCCUAUUUCUGCGAUGUUGUCUUUGAUUUUGCAAUGGUAUAUGCUCUUGCCCAUCAAGCAACAGCAUCAUCCAUACUGUUUCCAUUAAGCAUCACUUUUAUAGCAACUUCUCUAUUGAUUUCUCAGAUCGUUAGUUUGCGAUGGUAUCUCUGGGGAGCUAGAGGCAAAUUAACGAACAGCUCACCAAACAAUUGUCACGUAAAUUCAGUGAAGAGAAUCAACUGGACCAUAGGCUGUGUUCUAUUACUCCAUUCCACUCAGGUUGGCGUACUAUGGAGAUACUUCAAGUUAUUUAUCCCAGUCAAUUUAACUUACGUGAAGCACGAGGUACGGGAGCUCUGUGUAUUACGGCUGAUACACGCAUUUUGUGAGGCCGCUCCAAUGUUACUUCUGCAGCUGUACGUCUUGUUCGGCGCUACCGACGGCGGUGAAACAGAAGCCGGGAAACUGAAGGAGAGUGAUGACAAAGACGGCGGCAAAUUGGAGGAGCUGACAAUAGUAUCAGCGGGACUUUCCUUGUGGAGCGUGUGCUGGGCGGUCGCAAGUUUCAGCAAGGGUGCCGCGCGUCUGCGUAAUCUAGAACGCUUAGUGCUAACAUGGCUGGGGGUACUGGCGCAAUUAUUCUGGCGUCUGGGGACAGUGAGUGCUCGCGUUGGAGCAUUGGUCGCGUACGCCUCAUUGUACGGCGGACAGUGGCUGCUGAUCGUGAUGGCUCUCCACUGGCUAUCCAUGUUGACGUGGUUGCUGCUCACACCGGACGGACUCUUCCACGGUGGCGAGCGUCUCCCUCUUCUUAGGAAGACCUUCCUCGCUUCUCUCCUCGCUUUUGUAUAUAUAUUCGCAUAUGUUAAUCUACACGAGACGAAUCAUCGUCAAAAAAUGGUGAUAUUUUACACUGUAAUGUUCUUGGAGAACAGUUUACUCAUCGGCGUGUGGACAGCUGGUGUUAAUCGUGCCGAUCUUCUGUCUCCUCGGCAUCAUCUACAUCCAGUUACUUUAGUACUUAUUCUAUUAGCUUUAUUUUUCGGUGGCAUGUUUUUUAUGGGUCUUUAUUAUAGAUUUUUUCAUGUUAGAAGAUUGAGGUACGAGGCUGGUGGAAGAAUGACCGGUUCGAACCUCACCACUUUAUCCAGUCAGGAUAAUGCGGAAGAAAAGCAGAUAGAUUACAACGAAGGGAAGAAGGUUAACAUUAGUAUCGGUAUGAGAAAAGUUAAAUUAAGUAACGGUGGUAUACCAGGCGUGUUCAAUUGCCGUUUCGCGAAUCCGACGGUCGUAAAUCCGAAUCGCAAGAAGAAGAAACCGACGAGCUUUGUUCCGCCGCCACCGCCGCAAUCGCAAACGGUGAUGAAUUCCGUAACGGCGAUAGGUGAUUCAAAACAAUGGCUCAACAUGGGCAACGGAUCACGGCAGUUGAUUCCGUUUUGGAAGAAACCCUUAGCUUCUAAUAUAGUACAGAACGAUGGUUUCAAUGAGCGCAAAAAUGAGACUGAUAUGGCGAUUGGUGGCUCAUUGAACGUCACAUUAAUACGUGAGAAGCUAAAGGAGAAGAAGCAACAGCAGCUACGGGAACUGCGAGCGAUACAGGAAGAGAUCAAGGAAGGUAAAUUGUUUCCACCUCCCUCCGCCUCCACGUCCUCUUUCUCAUCCUCUCCUUCCGCGUCUAACCAGCAACCACCACCGAACACGAAACUGCACACCUCCCCAAGUUCCCCGUUAUUCACGUCACCACCUUCGUUCUUCGAGCAGAACGGUGGUAGCGCGUUGUCGUCCUGGCCGCCCGUGAAAAUGCACUGCCUUUUACCAUCGCCGCUUUCCUCCCCGUAUUAUCCCAACUCGCAUCCCUUGAAUCCGUGGAGAGUGGCAUCUCAACGAGAACGAGCGGACACGCCAGAAAUACUGUUAGCACCACGAUGCCUUCCGCAUCAUUAUCCCCAUUGGUCACCGCCUGGACAUCUUGGUCAUCGAUUACAUGCGAAUCAGAAUUGUAUUGAAGAAAGUUCCAAAGGCGAAGGCGAUGGAGAGGCAGAAGUCAGCGAUAUGGAAGGCAGCCAAGUCUCGUUACCAAGAAGUUACACACUACCCCGCGAGUUCAAGUAUAAUCCUAACAGCGUAAGAGAACGAGAGCGCCGUGUGGGGAAUAAUAAAAUAUCUUGUUCGCGCUUUUACUUGCCGUCCACCAACAGCUCUGAUGGCGAUGUGGACAGUGCUGACAACGAGGAUGAAACAGACUCGGAGAUGCAAACAAAGGCCAAUCACGGUCAUAACUAUGAUGAAAUUUUGCAGAGGCGUCAAGUAUACGAAAAUAAUAGGGAGAACGACGCCGUUGAGCCUAAUGCCGCGUUGAACGUUACGUCUAACAAUUGUUAUUUGAGCAAUUCUCAUGGUAUUCUACGAUCGGGUCAAUUACUCAGAACACGAGUAAAGCACGAGACGAAACUUUAAGUUAUGCUAUAUCACGUAAUUGAAAAUCUCGUCAAACAUGACAUGCGUAUUAUACAUAUGAAGUGUUCAAAAAUAUCUUCCAGAAUCUAUCUCUCCUCUUAAAUGUUAACAGUAUAAAACUGUUGACCUCGCAAAAUAGUAUACUAUAUUUAAUAGUACGAUACUAAUACAUGCACAUACACAAGAAUUAAAUAUUUCUUUUGCGAGAGUGUAUUAGCAUGCAUUACGAUAUAUAAUCUAAUAUAAUCUAAUUUAAUUUAAUUUUUUUCAUGAUGUUUUGCAUAAAAUUAUGCAAACGGUGAAUCACGGAAAAUCGAGUAUAUAAUUAAAUACCAUUUUAGGAAGGCAAAUAGUAGAAAAAUACAAAUACAUGAUUUAAAAUUCGAGUACGAUGGAUAUUUUAUAUAAUGCAUAGUUACCUGAAUAUAGAAAUUGUAUGCCUUUUAUUCUUACUUAUAAAAGACAUUUGUGUAACAAUAGUUUUUUAAACAAUUGUAAGGUAUUGUACUAUUUAAAGAGAUAUAUUCUGUUAUACAUUUGUAAAUAUACAAUUUUGUGUAACUUUUCGAGUUUUUUUAGUAUCUUUUCUACUUGAUAUUUUUUAGUAGCUUUAUUUGAUUCAAUAUGUUCUCCUCAUGUAAAAAAUGGUCUCAAUGGGUUUAAUUUUUAUUGAUGCAUUAGAUUACACUAAAUUUUUUUUUUCGCUUUCACCAAAAUUACAAAUAUAUACAUAUUUUACAAUAACUUUAGAAAGUGUGUACUAGCUUCAGCUAUAAAAAAGGCCUAAAAAAUGAUUAAAAAAUACUAAUCAACAA